AUGAAGGCAAAAUUUGAUAAAUAUUGGGGAGGUAUGGAGAGCAUGAACGUGAUGAUCUUUCUUGCUUGUGUUAUUGAUCCAAGGUACAAGCUGAAGCAUGUGAGUUUCAUUAUCCGUGAGAGCUACGGUGGUGGUGAAAAUAGCAUAGCUGGCGAGUUGUUUGCUAGAGUGAAAUCGGUUUUGGAGCAGAUGUUUAAGCAUUAUGAAGCUAAGGCUUCUUAUUCUCCAAUGCAUAACCAAGCUAAAGGAGUAAACCCAGCUUCAGAACAGGCCGAGGAUGCUUAUGACCUUGAUUCUCUCAUCGACAUACAUGAAGAAAGUGAAGAAAAUUAUAAUGAUCAGUCAGAACUAGAGAGCUAUUUGAGUGAGCCAUGUGCUUCUAGAUCAGAUCCCAACUUUGAUAUAUUACUUUGGUGGAAAAGGGCAGCUUCAAGGUUUAAGAUUCUUUCUCUAAUGACCAGAGAUCUGUUGGCUAUACCUGUCUCAACUAUUGCUUCUGAGUCGGCUUUUAGUACAAGUGGCCGUGUUAUUGAUCCUUUCCGUAGCUCUCUUACGCCAAGAACAGUUGAAGCUUUAAUUUGCACCCAAGAUUGGAUUCGCAAUGACUAUGAUCAGACUUCUUUGGAAGAACAACUUGAAAGUCUUGAAAGUGUAGAAGAUGAGAUUGUGGCUUCAAAUACUUAUGGAAAUUUGGCUCAAGGAGUUAGCUUAACUUUGGAGGAAGAAUAA